GUGGGUGGGGUACGGAAGUACUGGCAGAGUGCAGUGUGGGCGGUGUACGGAAGUACUGGCAGAGUGCAGCAAGGGUGCCCGGUGCCAGAUGAUCACCCGCAGCUUCCGUUACACCCUGUGCUCCUGCGUUGGCCGGGUGCGUGGUGUGUCAUGUGACGUGCGGUGCACCGCCUGGCUGGGAUAAGUAGUGCACAGCUAUGGCAUCUGGUAUGUGCCACCAUAGCGGGUGACAGUGCUGGCAUGUGUACACAGGUCCGAUGCUGCAUUCCUGAGGGGACAGAAUGAUUUGUUAGUUGGGUAGAGUCUUUUGGAACCAUCUGAGAAGCGCAGAAAACAUGGCAACCCCUUAUGUGCCUGUGCCAAUAGGAAAUACCUCUGCAGGCAGCGUGACCAAUAGAAGCCAAAGGAGCUCAUCGCUCGGAAGUAGCUCUACAAGUUCAAACUCCUCAAAGGACCCACAUGAAGACGCCAACCCCAGGAUCCGCAAGAAGCUGAGUGCGCCCGAUCAAGUGAGCUGCAUGUCCUCUGUAUGUAGCAGCCCCCUCAUCAGGACUAAGUUUGACUCCUCCGUGGAGUACACUACACAGCCGGGUGCACACAGACAUGUUGAUGAUUCAGCAGAAUUGGAGGAGAGGCCAUCCACCCCAACCAUCUUGGGAUAUGAAGUGAUGGAAGAGCGGGCUAAGUUUACGGUUUACAAAAUUCUCGUUAGAAGAAGCCCAGAUGAGAGCUGGGUUGUAUUCAGGAGGUAUACAGAUUUUUCAAGGCUUAAUGACAAGCUAAAAGAAAUGUUUCCUGGUUUCCGACUUGCUCUUCCACCUAAACGUUGGUUUAAGGACAAUUAUGACUAUGACUUCCUAGAGGAAAGACAACUGGGCCUGCAAGCAUUCCUACAGAAUUUAGUGGCUCACAAGGACAUUGCAAACUGUGCCUCAGUGAGACUGUUCCUCUGCUUGGACGAUCCUCCUGGUCCUUUCGACAGUCUGGAAGAGAGCAGGGCUUUCUGUGAGACAUUAGAAGAAACCAAUUACAGACUACAAAGGGAUCUUGCAGAGAAACAGAAGGAGCUUGAAACCCUAAAGAAGUUGCUAAAUGAGAAGCAGUUACACAUCCAGACGCUUGAAGGACAGAUUCAGGUAAUGAGCGGUCGGCAUGGCGAGGCGCGCAGGCGUUCUGUCGAAGAGAGUGAGUGCAGCGGAGAGGUGGAGUCCUCUGCUAUAGAAGCAGACCAGGUGGCCGCCGCGGUCAAUGGCUCCUAUAAAGACAGCCAUGAGAACUGCUGGAGCGAGUCCCUACACGCGGAUCUGCUGCCAGAGAUUGAAGUAGCAGAGGUGGCGGAUCCCGAUGAAGACAUUUAAUGUGCCUGUAGUAACACUAACCAUGUACUGCGGAUCCUCAUGUACUCUGAGCUGUUACCGUACAGUGAAGCACCAGGGCCCUUGAACGGCUAACACAGGAUGUUUGCGCAUACGAGUAACAGACAAAGAACUGCUGUUUUGCUGCUACUUAUCCGCCUGAGAAGACGGCUUUACAAUCAGAGGAUAUAAAGGGCUUGCACCUUAGCAAUUGAAUAAACAAGGCCCUCCUAAGGACUAAUGUACACUGAGUUACCAGUUAUGGCCUAGCUGUGUCCGUAUAGUGGCAUAAUUCAAGCACUUUUCUAGACGUAUACAUUAUUCCCGUGCCACAAGGGCACGUUCUGCUUUGCCAUCACGCUGUCUCUUUAUUUUUAUACACAAAGAAUCACUUGUUUCAUGCUCUGGAUGCUGCCAACUGAGUUAUUUUAAUCAGCCGCUGCUCCGAUAGAAAAGCUUUUCUAGUAACUGAGCAACAACAUAUAAGUACAGGUUGUUCUAUUAUUAGCUCGGUGUGACUCAUGUAAUGCUGCUCUGCCGUCAGCUCACCUGACUUCCAGCACCUCCCUGUGAAACUGAUUGGAAGUUUCUGUGAAGACAUAAACACUGGGGCAGAUGUACUGUGCUAAGCCUUGGAGAGUGAUAAAGUGGAGAGAGAGAGAGUAUUUUUUAACUGUCCAUUUUUAAACACAGCCUGUAGCAUGUCAGUCAGGGGCUGAUUGGCUGGUACUUUCUCUCUCUACACUUUCACUCUCCAAAACUUGGUACAUCUCCCCCAAAGUGUGCUCUGUGACCCAUAUAAAUAGAACCUCCGCACAGAUAAUUCAUAUAUGUUAGGUGGGUACACUCUAUGCACAUACGUCAUCCUACAUUUUUUUAAUUAACAUCAUUUUUUUUUUUUUCAAAAAAAAUUCUACACGUAAUAUACACUAUAUUAACAAAAGACAUUUGGUCAGAAGAAAAGUAUCAAACUGAAGUAUUUAUAAAUUAAGAGGGAGUAUCAGUUGUGUAUAUUUUAUACCAUGUACAAGGAAAAGUGAUAAAAAAAAAUUCUUUUUUUUUUUUUUUCUUUUUAAGUAUAUUCUCAUCCCCCGUAAAUGGUCUGCUAUUUGCAGCGGAAAUGUAAAUCUAGCCAUUCUUAAUCAUUUUCAAGCCAUACUAAGGUUCUUCACCACGAUUAGCUGGUCUUUUACGGUGUGCAUUUUUUUUCUUUAUUAUAGAGUACUUUUUAUUUUAGGGACAGCAAUGUGAUUAUUACAUCAAAGCCAUAAUGAAGUAGUAGCCUGCUAUUCAUGUUUUAAGAACUUGGUAUUGUAACGGAAACUUAUUCAUAUUCCAUUUAACUCUGAACUUUAAUCCUUUCCAUAAAGGAUUUCUAUCCUCAUUGACGCACGCACAGUUGCCAUGGUAAUCUUCAUAUAUAGAAGUGGCUUUUGUUUGCUUUUACCGAAACACUAAUUUCAGUGAUUUGUGCAAUGUUAUUUGUAUAAUGGUGAUCAAAUGGAAAACAUUUUUAUUAUAGAUAAAUGAUGCAUUGUUUCAAAUGCAGCCUUGUAUAUUCAUUAAAGAUGAAAGCAGAA